AUGGAGAAGAAGGAAUACAGAAGAUGGGAGGAGAUGGAACUAUGUGCGCUGGGAAGAAACGGAAAGAGCAUAUACGAGAAAAAAGCGAAAUUCGUAGGGGGCGCCUUCCAUUGCGCGCAACACAUCACGCGCUGGAAAGGGCUGAAACGGAAGGACGUCCGUCUUUGCAAGGCGCCUAUCCCUUCUGCUGACCGCUGCGCCGUCCGCGAAUUGUACAAAGGCAAACACGCCCGCAGGGAAGGGAAGAAGAAGGCGGAGGAGAUGGCGAUCGAGGCGUGUGCGGGUGGAGCGAAGAAGCAGUGCAUCGAAGACUUCUACGGGGAAGGGGCGUCGUGUGCGAAGGAAUCGGCAGACGACGCCAUCUGCCUCAUGUGGGCGGCACUUCACCUCCCGGAGCAUCUCGCCGAUCACCCUCUCUGGCGCAACGCUGUGCGCUGCAUCACGGACGCGGGCCAUGGCUACGUUCCCCCGAAGCGGCGGUAUGUUGGUGGUGCCGGCCUUGCGCGCUGCCGCGAAAAGAUCGAGAGGGGGCUCGCUCCCAUCACUGCGAGCUGGAAGCGGGAUGGCGUGACGAUAGGCUCGGACAUGAUGACGGACAAAAGUGGCCGUCCCCAAGCCAACAUCCUGCUCAUCAACGAUUCCGGUGCAUUGUUCACAAAAAGCAUCGACUGUAAGUUGGAGAUGAAGACGGGAGGUUACAUUGCAUCCGUUUUGCGCCCGAUCAUUGAGAAGGUGGGGCCCGCCAACAUAGUUGCGUUAUGCAUGGAUGGGGGCAGCAAUUAUGCGGCUGCAUGUAGGGAACUCAUGCUUGAGUAUCCUCACAUUGAGCAUGUGCCGUGCACUACUCACGUCAUGGAUCUGCUCAUGGAGGACAUUGGUGAAAUGGAUUGGGCGAAGGACAUUAUGGCUAAGGCGGGGGUGAUUAUUACCUUUGUGCGUGGCCACCAUUUCACCAAAGGUUACAUGCGAAGCCCGCAGGUGAAGGGAGGGAAGGGGAAGCAGGUGCUGAAGCCGGCGGGCACCAGAUUUGGAACGCAAUUCAUCGCGGUGCAGCGGCUUUGCGAGACCGACUCGACGGCCAAGGGCAUGAUGGGCAGGAUGUACGAUCUGAUGCUGCAGCUCACGGAAGACAUCAAUGCGAAGCUGGAGGAGGAGGAGGCGGGAUUGGUGCUGUCCAGCAGUGAACGCACGGAGGUGACCAACAUCGUCCAAAAGCGCUGGGACCAUAGCAUGGCGUGUGCCAUGCACGUGGUUGGCCGGAUCCUCAACCCGGUCAACCAAGAGGAAGGCAUCUUCCGCACCGACCUGGAGUGUACUCGCGUCUUCAAAGCGUUUGUCGCUCGUCACUACGCAGGGCGGACCGUCACGCGCAAGGAGGGCGAGGAGCUGCGCGCAUCCCACGUCAUCCAGUACGGCCUGACGGCAUUCAACACCCUUCAGGGGAGCUUCGGCCUACCCGACGCCAUCUCUGACUGUGGGCUCGUGAAGGCCGGUAAGAAGACGGCCGUCCAGUGGUGGACGUGGCACGGGACGGAGCACCCCGAGCUGACAACGCUCGCUUGCCGCGUUCUCUCUCAGCCAGUGUCCGCAUCGGCGUGGGGUGACGGUUCUCUCGGGAACAUCCCUGAGGCCUCCCUGCCGGAAGGGUACAACGAGGUUCUGGAGGAGGACGAAGAGGAGGGGGAGGAGGAUGAGCUGGAGGAUGAGUACAAGUAG